AUGCCCUCCUCCGCCACGAACGGAGUCUCCUCCACCCCGGACGCUCUGGGGUCCGAUCUCCUUGUCAAAUUGUCAGCCAGUUGCGCCCUCGAAGAUCUCCAAGAAACCCUACUUGGUUCUCUCCACCGUGUAGGUUGGACCGACAAAGUCACGACCCUCGCCACUGAACUCCUCCGCGCCGGCCGAUGCGAAACCUUCGACGAUGUGAUGGAGGCAAUCCUAGCUUCAGCAGAAGGCAGACCGCACCGCGCGCUAAGCUCAAAGGCCACAAACGGUGAAGCAACAACAAACGGCACGAACGGCACCAAGAAAGGCAGCAAAGAGAAUCCCCCUACGACCCUCUGA